AUGGUCUUGGAUGAAUCAAGAAGAACGAGUAUAGGUGCAUCCGGAGUCGAGAAAGAACUCACAACACCACCUUCUCCCCUUGAGUCUCAGUUUCCACCACAUUCGACACAAGUCGAGGUGGAAAAAAUUGAUUUUAAUGCUAAUGUAGAGAUGGGCAGCAAACAAACAUUUUGGAUAGUAGAAGAAGAGCAACAUCUUGCAAAAUCAUAUAUCAAUAUUAGCACUGACUCGGCAAUCGGGAAUUCUCAAAAGGAUAAAGCUUUUUGGAAGCGUAUCGGAGAUUACUACAACGAGACUCGUCCAUACAGAACUAAGAAGAGGGAUUACAUGGUGCUAAAGUCACAUUUCUAUGGGUAUUAUUCGUUGGCAAACUUAUUUGGUUCAAUGCACAAUAAUUUUUGGAAGAAUCAUCAAAGCGGUGAGAGUGAUGAGGAUAUACUUAAGGUCAUCGUGUUGGAAAAAAAAGCAAGGACAUCUGAAUCAAGGACACACACAUCCUUGUCCAACCCGGAUGCUAGUGCUGAUGCGGACGACUGUGAAGCACGCAAGCGUCUAAUUGGGAAAAAGGCGGCAAAGAAGAAGGGUAAAAUCAAUCAUGCAGUGGUAGAAAUAAUGGAACAAAGCAUUGGCAACAUGAGCAACAUGUGGAAGGAAUUCAAAGGUAUUCAACAAGACAAAGUUAGGAAGAUUGAUGAAUUCCAUAACAACGAGAAAGUUGUAGAAUCUAAAGCAUUUCGACAUGAUUAUGAAAUCCUGAUGAGGGAUACUUCAAGAAUGACAAAGCAACAAGAGGAUAUACAUAAAAAGAUCGAAGUCUCAGAUGUAGUUUAG